CCGGGAGACUCCAUGGAGAGGGAAUGAGAUGAAAUAGGACUUCAAACCGGAUCAUGGCGGCGCCUCUCGGGCGGGACACCUUACCUGAACACUGGUCUUACGGUGUCUGCAGGGACGGCAGGGUCUUCUUCAUCAACGAUGAGUCGCGUACCACCACCUGGCUCCAUCCCCGCUCCGGUGAACCUGUAAACUCCGGACACAUGAUCCGCUCAGACCUACCUCAGGGUUGGGAGGAAGGUUUUACGAACGAAGGGGCGAGUUUCUUCAUAAAUCAUAACCAGAGGACCACAACGUUUCGCCAUCCUGUGACCGGACAGAUUUCUCCAGAGAACGUGGAUUUUAUCCUGCAAGAACAGCCGCAGGGUGCUCGCAUGAUGUCCAAACAAGCGGGUGAGCAGCUCUCCAGCACCACCGUCAGCGAGGCCUCCACUGCCAUCACCUCCUCCACUGUGGACACCACCCCUGCCUCCAAGGGCUCCCGGUCCAGUGGUAAGGUGCACAGCUUUGGGAAGAGAGAGCAGGCCAUUAAAAGGAAUCCGAAUGUCCCUGUGGUGGUCCGAGGAUGGCUGUACAAACAGGACAGUUCUGGGAUGCGUCUUUGGAAGAGGAAGUGGUUCGUCUUGGCUGAUUACUGUCUGUUCUACUACAAAGACAGCAGAGAGGAAGCGGUCCUGGGCAGUAUCCCUUUGCCCAGCUAUGUCAUUUCACCUGUGGGACCUGAGGACCACAUCAGCCGCAAAUAUGCCUUUAAGGCUAGCCACACUGGUAUGCGCUCAUACAUUUACAAGCAGAGCUCUGUGAUUGGCUCGCAGGCGGAGCACACUGGGAUGCGGACGUAUUACUUCAGUGCUGACACCCAUGAGGACAUGAACACCUGGCUGAAGGCAAUGAACCAGGCCACGCUGAUGCAGAACCACACCGACACAUUGAUCAGACCCUCUGACAAGUUAGAGAAGCUCAGCAUGUUGCAGCAGAAUACUGUCCCGCAGACAAACCAUGUAAACCACCACAAGACCAAGACCCCAGAUACUGAGACCACAAGACCCAUCGUCCACGAGGUUCUCCUGGAGCCCAUACACCGUGAUGCAGACGAACGCUGCAGCUUCCACAAAGAAUCUCCUGUCGCCGCCAUUUUGGAGCACCCCAUAGCCAGUACAGGCCUGGAAAUGGACACGCACACGUCCCUCCCCUCCAACCCUGCACCCUGUGCCCUCCCACAGUCAGACCACGUGUCGGCCUCAGCACCUGUGUCCAGGGUUCCAUCGCGGGCGCCGUCUCGAGCCGCCUCGACACUGCCCUCCAGCAUUUGCACGAGGAAUGGCCUCGUUUCCACACCCAGCCCCAUCCUGGAGCCCAACGGGAUCGCUGCGGGGACAUACCAGAGGGCCCCAGCGCUGCCCCCUGCUGACACGCAAAAGCAGGUGCACAGGAGAAGUGCUCUGGAGCAAGUGGAGCAGUGGGUCCAAGUGCACAAGGCUGAGCACAAAGGCCCCCCAUCCAGAGAGAACACCCUCCCUCGUCGGACACCACCAACCCAGCACAAGUUCACGUCCGUGGACGCAUACCAGACCCUGCCAAGGACUCCUCGCCAAAGCCCUCCGCUUGCCCGACUUGGCGAGUACAAGUACGCCCAGGACCGCCUCAGCCACUUCCGUCUCACCCCUGAGCAGGGCGGCCCAGGAACCAACACCGUCUGGCAGUUGUACGAGUGGCAGCAGCGACACCAGUUCCGUCACGGCAGCCCCACAGCGCCUCUCUACACCCCGGCCCCGGAGUACCCGUUUGGUCCCCGCCCUCCAUCCACCGUGCCUCCCUCCUCCUCAGCAGCUAGGUCCGAAGGGCCACCCCGCUGUGUGUCGGUACCGCCUUCAUCUGCUGACAUUCCUCCACCAGGACCUCCACCUGGCACCAGCAGGACCCUCUCACCCACACGGAGGCCGCACACACCAGCUGAACGGGUGACAGUCAGGCCGGUGGGCGAUAGGUCAGUGGUGGACAUCCCCUUCACCGUUUCCCCCCGCAGGACCAAAUCUCAGCUGCUCAAGGCUGCUACUAUUGAGAGACGGUCAAUGCCUCCGUCUGGGUACAUCACACACACAGUCAGUGCACCGAGCCUUCAUGGCAAAACGGCUGAUGACACCUAUAUGCAGCUGAAGAAGGACUUGGAGUAUCUGGACCUAAAGGUAGCUGGAAGUCAGACGCUGAGGGAGUCAGGGAAACCUGUCAAGGUUGCAGAAAGUGACGUGGAUGUAAAGUUAAGUCGGUUGUGCGAGCAGGACAAGAUCCUGAAGGAACUGGAGGCGAGGAUCAGUUCCCUGAAGGAGGACAAGGACAAGCUGGAGAGCGUACUGGAUCUGUCCCACCAGCAGAUGGAGCAGUACCAGGAGCAGCCAGCCCACGCCCAAAAGAUCGCCUAUCAGCAGAGGCUGCUGCAGGAGGAUCUGGUCACCAUCAGGGCCCAGAUAUCACGCGUCUCCACCGAGAUGGCCCUCGCCUGGGACGAGUACAACAGGUUGGAGAGGUCUGUGGAGCAGCUGAGGACGGCACUGCAGGCCCACAUGAACCACAGCGCCACCCCACAGCAAGAGAAAAGUGAGAUGAAACGUGAGCUGUGGAGGAUCGAGGACGUCAUGGCUGGACUCAGCGCCAGCAAAGCCAACUACCAGAUUACCAUCGACUCUGUCCAGAAUCCAGAGAGGAAAUUAGUGCCUUCGGUGUCAGAUCCGGCAGUGCCUUCUCAGAGCACAGAGGUCCAACCUCCUCCUCGCAGCUCCAACCCCAACAUCCUCUCCCACACUUUGUCUCACAGCACUGUGCCAAAGUGGGCAGAGGACACGGCCCCACCCAGGCCACCACUGCCUCGCCUCUACGACUACGAGGAGACGCCUCCUGUAGUGCCGCCUCUCCCCAGAGAGGCCUCGGUCAUCCGCCACACAUCGGUGCGUGGCCUGAAACGCCAAUCAGAUGAGAGGAAGAGGGACAGGGAGAGCGGGCAGUAUGUUGUCAAUGGAGACUGUAAGACUGACUUGCGGUCAUACCUGAGCGAACCGGAGCUGCCAGGAAUAAGCCACCACAGCGCCGGCUCUGAUGUUGACUACCAGUAUUUCCACAGCAAAGGCUCGUCCUCUCGACAGAACCAGUCCACCUCUAUCUCGUCCUACGUCACCCUGAGGAGGGGCCCCGGGAGUUCGGAGGCCAGGCAGGAGAGACCUAAGAGUGCCUUCGAGCGUCUGUCAUCUCCUACCGAAGCCCUGCAGCUCCCGAGCGGUCAGUCCCGUGGGCGAAUGACAGCGGAGGAGCAGCUGGAGCGGAUGAAGCGCCACCAGAAGGCGCUGGUUCGCGAGCGCAAGAGGAACCUCAGCCAGGGUGAACGCUCCUUCACGGGCCUCUCCACCUCCACUGCCACCACCCAGCGCUCCUCCUCCUCCUCCAGGCUGCCCUCCAACACCUCCGACCCUCCGCCCUCCGUGUUCGACUGGCAGGAGGAGCGUCCUGUGGCAGAAGGUCAGAGCGACGAAGGGCGGAGUCAAGUGAAAGAGAGAGAGAGGAUCCAAUCAGAUGAGUGGGUGAAGGCGACGGCGACGGUCACGAGAGUACGAGAGGUGGACGUGGAGCCUCUGGACUAUGACCUGGAUAUCAGCCGAGAGCUGUCCAAGCCGCGGAAAGUUCCCAUCCCAGAGAGGUACGUCGAGUCAGACUCUGAGGAGCCCCUGAGUCCAGAGGAGCUGGAGGAACGCUUCCGCCGGGCUGAGCGCAUCAGGAACCUCCUGGCCAAAUCCAGCGUUCAGAACAUACAGCCGUCUGCCCCGCUGGACUUCAGUGAGCUGGACUCAGCGCUGCAGCAGCAGGAGAGGAUCAUGAACGUGUCCCAUGUGCUGGCCUCCGAGGCCUCACGCAAGAGCAAACUGGUGGCAGGGACUGAGUGGCUGGAGAUGCAGUGAGUACACCCAGUCCAGCCAAAGCUGCUGCACAGCACUGACCCACAGGAACGACCGACACGGCGAAACAGAAGACAGACUUUGCAGGAAAGGGAAGCAGCUCAUCACUGUUCAGCAUUUGCCAACUAAUUAAUUCACUCGUAACAAUUUGCUUUUCUGUGAGUGAGAACAAAGGCGGGUUUUCUUAACGUUUUGAUUUGUUGCUUUGAGUUUUCGUAGUUUUCAUAACACGAGUGAAUCUGAUCACCUGUUUGGUUUCUGUGUUUUUAUGAGUAGAUAAAAUAAGAGAUGAAGAACUGCCAACAUGCUCAGAUUAGAGUAAGAAUGUUUUUACAAGAAUCAUUUAUUUAUUCUAACAUUCGUCCAACAUCUUCACAUGCAUUACAGUGUAGUACGAAUACCAACUAAAACACAUGAAGAAAGCUGUCAUUGCACACAUUACAUAUCAGAUUUAACAAGUUAAUGAUUUGGUGUCUGUUUCCUUAAAAUGUUGAUGUCCACUCUGUUUCAAAAAUAUAACACGUGUUUCUCACAGUUAUACACAUAAACACAUUUCUGUGAUCGGUUGUAUCAAUCAGAACAUAAAACAACAGGAUAAUCUACAGGUAUUUCUUUCACAGGUGUGUUUGUGUUUGAUUGUUUAUUUUCUCUUGCUAUUGUUCUGUACCGUCCUGUCCUGUUCGGGACAGACACGGUUUUGAAGCCGUUCCUAACUGCUAGAACACAUCAGCAUGUGCACGUCUAAACAAUAAACAAUGUCUGACACAAAAUUCUUCUCACCAGGUCCACUGACUUGUUUCUACCAAAACUUUAUCCAAAUCUCACAGCCUUUGAGUGAUGUAUAGUUGAAAAAAAACCUUAAAGCUUAAUAAACAACGCAUUUAGGUGUAUUUUCAAAUAGACAAAGUAAAGAUGUGUAUAUGAUGCAUAUUAAAGAAUAAAUGGGUAGAAAAUAUAUGAUGCAAAAUGCUGACAGAAUAUAUUCAUAGAAAAUAUACACACAUUAUUUGGAUGCAAGGCUUUCUGUCCAUUCUACCUUCACAGCUGACCGACCUGCUGUCCUCCACUGCUGGAGAAAAAUACCCCAUAAUGGAGUCAAUCUCUCACAAGUUAAUGACUUUUUGAACAUCUAAAGGGAAUAUUUAAGGAUAUUCUGGCUGGCACAGAAUCAAUGAAGUAUCUGAAAAUCCCAGUCUGAAACCUGGAUACACUGGCUCUGAGAAUUGCGUGUGGAAGGUAUGCAGGUGAGUCAUGGUCGUUGAUGACACGGC